UUUGCCCCAGCCCAGCCCCGGCCCCGGGGUAUUUACGGCCCCGCGCAGAGCCGCCACCGCCAAACAUCCCCGACCGUCCCCGAGCGACACCGUCCCUGUCCCCGACCGUCCCCGACGCCGACGCCAUCCCAACGCCCUGCAGGUGAAGGCACCGCCAUGAAGCUCUGGGUUGCGCUGCUGGGAGCUGCCCUGCUUGCGGGCUGCAGGGCUGAGCAGGGCCCCGAGGAGCCGCGGGCCGGGUGGGAAGCGGCCGUCGACAGCUUCUGGGAGUACGUGGCCCAGCUGGGGCAGGCGGUGGAGAACGGCACCGCACGCGUGAAGAGCUCCGAGAUCGGCCGCCAGCUCGACGGCCUCAUCGCAGAGACCAUGGAGGAGCUGGAGGCGCAGGUGGCAGAGCUGCAGGCCAAGCUGGGCCCCAGCGGCGAGGCGGGCGCGGGGCUGCGUCGCGACGUGGAGGAGCUGGGCGGGCGGCUGCGGGCCGAGCUGGUGGAGGCACGGGGCCGGGCAGCGCAGUACGGGGCCGAGGCGCGGGCCGUGCUGCAGCAGGGCGCCGAGGACCUGCGGAGCCGCCUGGCCGCCUACGCCCGCAAGCUGCGCAAGCGCCUGGCCAAGGACGCCGAGGAGCUGCGGAGCCGCCUGGCCGCCGCGGCCGGCGAGGUGCGGGCCCGGGCGGCGGCGCUGCACGAGGGGCUGCCGGUGCUGCGGGCGCCGCCGCGGCUGGCGGCGCUGGGACAGGCGCUGGGCGAGCAGGGCCGCCGGGUGCAGCGGGGGCUGCGGGAGGCGGUGCAGGAGCUGUGGGCCUCGGUGGACGGCGUCCUGCAGGGGCUCCUGGGCUGGCUGACGAUGCUGCUGCCCAGCUCCCCAGCACUGCGCGACGCCCCCAAGCCUUGAGCCGUGCCCCACACGGGGCAUGAGCUGCAAACCCCCCCCCCCCAAUAAACCGCUUUGGGCAUCG